UAAUAAUCCUUUUCCGAAUCCCGUAUACCUCUGUGGGGAUACGAUAUAUAAGUAACGCGCCCCCUCGAAACCCUAAACCCGAACAAAGAAACAAAAAAUCUCAGACUCAUCGCAGUCGCCACCGCAACCACCGCCGGCGUCGUUUCCCAAGGCUGAUUGUGUUGCUCCGAUCCAUCAUGUCCGGCGAACAGGAGUACGCGUCGUCGAAGCCUGCUGAAGAGGCCGGGAGGCUAGGGGAGGAAGAAAUAGCUCGCCGGAGAGAGAUGCUUGCCAUAAUGGUGGAGAAGCAGAGGCGAAGAGAAAGAGAGCUGGAAGAGAGAGAGAGGUUGAGGCCGGAGGCUCGGUUGGGGCAAGCUGGAGUAUUAGUGCAUGUUGCCGCCGCCGCCGGGCAUGGUGUUGCUGCUGCUCCGGCGGCACCUGGAGGUGGAGGUGGUGCUGCUGGACACUACAUCCCGAGGUUUCGCCAAGCUGCUCAGGCGGCUGCGGCGGCGGUUCUGGCUGACGGAGGCGCCGCUGCUGCCCCUCAUCAGUAGUGUGGUACUUAAUUCCACAUGAGCUCUCAUUUUAUUGUUCCAAAUUAUUGUUACAAUGUCUUCUACAUAAAGGUCCUUUGCUUUUCAAAGAACUAUUUUGAAGUAGUAUAAGUAUUAUGGUAAUAAGCACGAAUAAUUAAGUUGUGUAUGUCAAACUAACUGAGGCUGAUUCACUAAUUGGUCUCACGGACGAGGA